AUGAAUAAUAACAUUUCUAAUAUAGAAUCAUCAAAAAAUAUUAUUAUACAAAUUUGCCUAGUAACAGCUUGGCCAAUAACUGUGUCAGUUUGCCUUAUAACUGUGACAACACAUUUUCAAGUUCGCCUAGCAACGACAGUAACACAUUCUCAAGUUAGUCCAAUUACGGCAACACAUUCUCAAGUUUGUCUAACUGUAUUAGAACAUCCUACAGCACUUCAAACAACUACUAUAAUUCACACAACCUCAACAACUACUUCAGUUCAUUUA